GUGAAUGCGUGACGCUUGCCCCGGGCCUCAGUUCGCACGUGGUGCUAGUGGAGGAAGGUUAACGCAGCUGCUGGCGUUGUCGUUCCAGCCGCCAGUAUGAAGCGGCCGAAGUUAAAGAAAGCAAGUAAACGCAUGACCUGCCACAAGCGGUAUAAGAUCCAAAAAAAGGUACGAGAGCACCAUCGAAAAUUGAGGAAAGAAGCCAAAAAACGAGGUCGCAAGAAGCCUAGGAAAGAUCCAGGAGUUCCAAACAGUGCUCCCUUUAAGGAGGCUCUUCUUCGGGAAGCCGAGCUAAGAAAACAGCGGCUUGAAGAACUAAAACAGCAGCAGAAGCUUGACAGACAGAAGGAACAGGAAAAGAAAAGAAAACUUGAAACUAACCCUGGUGUUGAGCCAUCCAGUGGGGAAGCUGUGAAGGAGGUGAUUGAGGCCUCAGAUGUUGUGCUAGAGGUGUUGGAUGCCAGAGAUCCUCUUGGUUGCAGGUGUCCCCAGGUAGAAGAGGCAAUUGUCAAAGGUGGACAGAAAAGGCUAGUACUUGUGUUAAAUAAAUCAGAUUGCCCAUUUUUAGGUUUCCCAAAUGUGGGUAAAAGCAGCAUUAUUAAUAGCUUAAAACAAGAACGGACAUGCAGUGUUGGUGUGUCCAUGGGGCUUACAAGGAACAUGCAGGUUGUUCCCCUGGACAAACAGAUCACAAUCAUAGACAGUCCCAGCAUCAUCGUGUCUCCACUUAACUCAGCCACUGCACUUGCUAUGAGAAGUCCCGCAAGUAUUGAAGUCGUAAAACCAGUGGAGGCUGCCAGUGCCAUCCUGUCCCAGGCAGAUGCUCGACAGGUAGUAUUGAAAUUUACUGUCCCAGAAUAUAAGAAUCCUCUGGAAUUUUUUACUUCGCUUGCUCAAAGAAGAGGACUGCACCAAAAAGGUGGAAGCCCAAAUGUGGAAGGUGCUGCCAAACUGCUGUGGUCUGAGUGGACAGGUGCCACCUUAGGUUAUUAUUGCCAGCCCCCAACAUCCUGGACUUGUUCUUCACAUUUUAAUGAGAGUGUAGUGGCAGAUAUGAAAUUGGGCUUUAAUAUGGAAGAACUGGAAAAGAACAAUGCACACAGCAUGCAGGCCAUCAGGGGCUCACGUUUAGCCAGUAGCGUGCUUUUCCAGUCUUCGGGUCUAACAAAUGGAAUCAUAGAGGAAGCGGACAUACCUGAGGAAUUGACAAAACAGAAGGAGAGGCAGCAGGAGGAGAACGUUGACAGUGACCAGGAAAGUGUUGGUGGUGAAGAAGCUGAUGAAAAGAGCUCAGACAUGUCUCCGGUCGAAGAGACAUGGCAGGCACUUCCUGAGGAGUCUCAAGCAGGUGAACAGUUCGGCAGUCAAGAAGCAAGAUCUUUUGUCUUAGAUAAAACGACCAAAGAGGAGGAUGAUGCUUAUGACUUCAGUACAGACUAUGUAUAACAAAACACUGUCCUUUAAGAGGGGCUUUUCUUAGCAUUUUGAGUAGACCGCUAAACUCUUCCACUGUUUGUAACAUAACAUACAUUAUGCCAUAAAACUGUAAAUUUUGUGAAUAUGUAUCAUACGAUAAACUCAUUAAAAAGAGUGAGGCAAUUUAGAAGGCAUCUGAAUUCUUUAAAACGACUCAUCUCUUACAAUACAGUAAGUGGGCA